AAAUCGUAAACGUUGAUUCUCAAGUAAUGUGUUCUGAAUCGGUUUCCAUUGUGUAACUUUGACAAACAUGGAAAAAGAAGUGUAUAUGAUUGGUGAUAAAUCUAUAACUGAAUUAAGAGUAGUUGAUUUAAAAAAGGAGCUAGAACUUAGGAAAUUAUCUAAGAGUGGAAGCAAAAUAGAAUUGGUAAAACGAUUGAAAAAUUAUAUGCGUAAUCAGCGAUCUCAAAGUGAUACGAGUGAAAAUGAAAAUCAAACCAGUAAAGCUACUGAUUCCGGUGAUGGACCAAAUGACUUUGUGAAGCAAUAUCUUGAAAAGCAACAGCGCACCUACGAGCAAAUGUGCCAUGAAAAAGAAAAAAUUGAAGAUAAGCCGACAUUACGAUCUACAAAAUCUCAACCUGCCAAUAAAGAUAAAAUUGCAGAUGGUAGUAUUUCAUUUUUGAUUGUUCUAAAAUUUAUUUAUAUAUAUCCUAUUUGUACUAUCAACUUACCACUUAAUGAAAAAGAAGCAGACAAGCAACCUAGUGAAAAUUCGGAUCUUGCUGUAGAAAGUAAUGUAAAACCUGUAUUAGAGUCUAAGGCCUCGAAAAUUGAUAAUACAGCAUCAAAUCAAGAGGACGAGAGUAGCUCUCCUGCUAGUAAUGAAGAUGAUCCUAAAGAUGACCUAAAAGAUAAAGAGAUUGUGAAAGAAAAACAAGUUGAUGACGAACCAAAAAAAUCUGACAAUUGCUCAGUCGAGGGCUCCGAAUCAGAAGGUAGCAGCAGUAAAGAUAAUAUGGAAGAAGACAAAAAAAGAGAGAAAGAUCCAACCGAAGAAAGACUGAUUUCAAAAUCUAGUCAAGCAAAAGAUACUCCUGAAGAUUUUUUACCAUCAUCACCUAGUAAAAGUCCGAGUAAUGAUCAAGCAAAAGACGAUGUUAUCUCGAACUCGAACCAAAGUGAACACACAAAUGAGGAGUCAAAACCCGAGUAUCUCUCCGAAGAUCAAAUUGACAAUGAUGAAAUUUCCAUGGAAGUUAAUUCAGAUGGUUUAGAAUUAAAAAAAUCAGAAAAGAAUCACACUGAGAAAAAUAUAAUCAAUGAAUCAAGAGAAGUUCAGCCAACCAAGCGAAAGCUGAUUUCACCACCUUCAACAGAAAUAAAUGAAAAGAAGCGUGUAAUCACAACCACAAGACAGGCAUCUAAAAUCGAUCUGGAUGAUUCCCUUAGACCAGUAAGAGAGAAGUCAGCUUCCCCUGCCAGACAGCAACCCUCUCGUGUAAUAUUGGUGCGAAAUUUAGUACGACCCUUUACAAUAGGACAGCUAAAAUCCGUUCUAAAUAGAAACAAUCCAAUUAUCAAUGAUUUAUUCUGGAUUGAUAACAUAAAGAGUUUUUGUUAUGCUGUUUACGAAACGGAAGAAGCUGCUUCGGAUAUGCGAAAUUUUCUGGACAAUUCCAAAUGGCCAUCGUCCAAUCCAAAAUUACUGAAAGUAGACUUUUCAAGUGAACAAGAAGUCUAUAAUCAUUUAGUUGCUGACAAACCCGAUGCUAUUAAAUUGCUUAAGAUUGAUGAAUCAAAAUUAGAAAAACCAAAGCGUCGAGAUAAUAGGCAAGUUGAACGAGAGAGGAGAGUUUCAGAUAGGGAUGCAAGGGAUAGUCUAAGAGAUGAAAAGAGGGAGAAAAAUAGAGAAGUUGACAGAUCCCGAAGAGACCAUGUCCGAGAAUGGGAUAGAGAAAAAAUACGGCGAUCUCCUCAAAGAGAUGAAGGAAGAUCUCGGUCUCCAAGAAGACGUGAAAGAGAAGAACGCUACGAGAAAAUUCAUCAGAAUGCCCCUGCGAAACUGUUAGAUGAUCUGUUCCACAAAACACAAGCUGUGCCUGCUAUCUACUGGCUUCCCUUAACCGAUGAAGGAGCUCAAUUGAGGGAUGAGACGAGAAAGAAAGAAAAAGAGUCAAGAGAACAGCGACGACGAGAGAGGGAAGAGGAGGAAAAACAAAAGAGAAGGAAGGAACUUUAUGAAUCCGAACCAAAGCAAAGAUAUGAGGAGUUAAGUCGUCGUCGAAGAAAUAACUCGAAUUCUGACUAG